CGAAGAAGAGAGAGAGAAGGAUUUGCAAGUGGGAUUCUGAUCUGUAAGGAAAUUCAAGGCUCGUGACCCUUUUUGAGCCGAACUAAUGAUACCUGAAUUUAUCAGUUUUUUUCGGAAUUACCAAGUUUCUGUCGAGUUACUUGUUAAAAUAUACAUACGAUUCUGACGGUGUCAAAGGGAUGAGAUUUGUUGAUCCAAGUAGCUGUAAAUUUUAGACUAGCCCUUAAUUAGACGAUAGCGUUGUUGAUGUCUCGCGAUUGUGUUCUUUUUCAGAACUUUGAACAAUGGCAGAAAAACCAGAAGAUUUGAAUCUUCCUAACGCAGUUAUUUCACGCCUGGCAAAAGAUGCUGUAAGAUUAUUAACCUUAAACAUUAUAAUGUGGGACAUUUCCAGUCGCAACUACUUUGCUAAAAUCUGAAAAUAGCUGAAAGUGAUGCGAGAGUGAUCGCACUGUCCUAGAUUGCAAACUAAUGAACUUCUCUCUGUUCCAGCUCCCUGAAAAUGUUAACAUAUCCAAAGAAGCCAGAACUGCCAUAGGAAAAGCUGCCAGCGUCUUUGUUCUCUAUGCUACAUCAUGGUGUGUAAUAAGUCUAAGUUAUUCUAAAUUUUUUUGAGGGCAUAGAAAAGAAAGUGGGAGGGUUGAGAGCUUUGCAGAAUUCAUCAUGAGGUUAACUUCCAGAAAACUGGUAUAGAACUAACACUGAUCAAAUCUGAUUAGUUUGGUGCAUUUAAUAUUACUUGUAUCAGCCUGUGAUUAGUUUCACUCCUGUAUAAAUACUUUUGCCAUAUGUUUCUUUAUGGAGAAUAUCUGCGAGGUCUAUGUACCAAUAAUACAAAGAGUUAAAAAGUCUAAGCUUGGUUAAAAACUACCAUUUUUUUUAAUGCUGAUUUUUUUCUGUUUCAUCUUAGUGCAAAUAACUUUGCACAAAAACAGAAGAGGAAGACAUUAACUGCACCUGAUGUAUUUGAAGCUUUAGAGGAAAUGGAAUUUGAGCAGUUCAUUAAACCUCUUAAAGAAAGCUUAGCUUGUGAGUGCUUCUUUAAUUUGUAUUUUAAACACCUGAGAAUUGGAAGAUUUCUGCUAUGGAUGUUUCUUUGUUGCUUCUUUGCUUAAGUGAAGAGAGAAAAAUUAUCAAAAAUAAAGAAAAAAAAGCAAUGCUAUUAACAUUAAAUGUCAUUGGUUUAAACAUCAAUUGACAUAAAAAGGAAAAUCUAAACUAGAUUUGGAAUACCGUAUUACUAAGGAAUUCUUUAAACAGUGGGGGUAAUCUAUAGUGGACUAGCACUUCAUCCAGAGGAGGAUAUUGUCUCAAAGCCAUUUAUUGCACAGGAACAGAGAUUAACUCUGGUGGACAAACUGCUUGAGCUGUAUAAAAAGUUUACUUAUCUUUUUUAUGAGUAAAUUUUCUUCAGUCUGUGUGAACCAUGAAAAUCUAGGAUUUAUGAAUUUAUUUGUGUAUUACUCUUGGAUGGCAGUCAUGAUAAUAAAUGUCUUCCAUUAAUUCCCUGCUCUUGUUAUCAACUCGUGUUGUAGUUGUUUGAAAUGUGUAAAUUUUUACCUGUGAUGUUUUCUGAGUUUGUGUUUUUUGCCUUAUAGUGUUCAGAAAGGAACAAAAAGGUAAAAAGGAAGCAGCAGCUGAAUCAAAACGAAAGAAGAGUGAUACUGCAUCUGAACCAGAACCAGAAUCCAAACGUCAAAAAACAGAAUCUGAUGACAAGGAGAAAUUGAAAGAAACUAAAACAGGAGGAGCAGAUAAAGAUACAGAAAAUGAAGAAGAUCCAUAGGUAGUAAUGAUCAUUUAGAGAGUAAAAAAUAACCAAGGAUUGUUCUAGGUACACAGCCAUUCUGAAUUGUGCAGCUUCAUUUAGAUGGCUUGCAUUACUUUUCAUUCAGAUGGGUAGUAUAUUAUUCUGAUCUUUUACAUUAUUCUCCUGCCAUGACAUUUCCCAAUGAAAACCCUGUAACAAUGACAAAGGAGACAUACAGCCACACUGCUAUUUAAUGAUAAUGUUUGCAAUAUUCUGAAACAGUCUUCUUGACUGUAGCCAUGACUGAAAGUUGUCUAAAGAGUCAUGGAAACAGUGAAGGAAUUUUACAAUAUCUUCAGAGUAUGAAAUUUGUGGCUAGUGCAAGUGAGACCACUUCAGGUGAAAAUACAUUUUUAAGUUAGCCAAGAAUAAGUCUUAGUUCUCUUUUCUCUCUUUCCUCCUUCCCUAGACACAAAUUUCACUUAUUUGAGAUUUUUACUAUUAGCAGUGAAUACUUGAAAGAACCACCCUGCCCAUGGCCUACCAGCUAUCCCAAGAUGUUUGUUGGGUCAAGUUGGGUGGAUUGUGUUUUUAAGGAGAAAGAUAAGAGUCCAAUCAAGUUAUAUAAUAAGUUUGGUCCACAAGAUUUAAAGAAAGAUGUUUCUUCGUCUUGUCACAAGCAUGGGACAAAGAAAAAAUUCCGAGUCCCUAUGAGGAAUCGAACCUCAGACCUUCGGAUUUGCGCUCUGAUGCUCUACCACUGAGCCACAAAGACUCUUCGGUGAGCAGGGUCUCCUACGAAGUUCUAAUGACAUGCAUCCUGCAUACUGCUAGGAUCAGCAAUGUCAAUAGCGUAAUGUUUUUUGACAGAAA